CCUUUUCUUCAAUACUUCAAACAGUUCCCAGGUGUCUCAUUCAAGUGAGCGACCGGACACUUCACCCCACGUACUGCCGGGCCGAUGGUGAGUACAGAUUUUGUUACCAUGACGACCAGGGUGGAGCUCGGGGGAAGCCAUUUGCUUCCACUUGAGGGAAGCGCAGAGCUCAGAGUGUGUGCGGGGGAGGGGAGAAGCGAGCACGGGUAAAGUCAAAAACAUUUUCACUCGCGGAAGGAGCAGUUCAUACCCUACGCUGUGUGUAUGUGGCAGACGGACGCAAAUACUGAACAUUGCCACAGUGUUGAAAAAUUUCGCAGCGCAAUCAAAAGUAUGUCCUGGCUACCAGAAGCUAAUGUUAGCUCAUGCCGAUAUCUGCAUCCGACCAAUCGAAUUGCAGCUCUGCUUAACCUUUGGCUUGGACACGAUGGCGUAGGCGUAGCACCCGUGGAGAAUGUGGCAGUUUCUGCAUGAUCGUUUUUCAAACAGUGGACUAGGGCAACCGGAGUCACUUGAAGGUGGCUCGGGAUCUUCAGCCAGCCUAGCUGAUCAUAUCGUGGGUGGAGAGAUUUGGUGUGGGGUGGUUAUUCAGUAAAUGAUGUCAUGUUACGGUUCUUUCAUUUCACACUCGGUAAGGUUAGGGGGCCACUGCCCCGUCGGCCCACCCCUCCGCACGCCGCUUGCCGGACACCAAACUAUUUGCGUACAAAAAUGUAAUCCGAAAUGUCCAUUUUCCAUACAAUGUAUCCUUUUCAAAUCGUCAUAAUUGUAUUUGUCAUGAUAAGAAAUAGCGUUGUAGUUUUUCCAAAUAUGAAAUGUGAAUUUCUGUCUUUCCCCCCGAAAUCUGCUGUUAUUAACAGCAAUGAGGUCUGCCCCAAAACUCCAGUUCACGCCUUCCAUUGUUCGUAGACCUCAUCAUGUCUUUUCCCUUUGAAAAUGUUCUUGUCAGCUGGCUGAAAUUCCUCGCGGAAGCCCUUCCUCGUCCUGCCCCCUUCGCACAGCUCGGUGGCACCAAUCAGCCCUCAGUCAUCUCAUCGCGCUCGGCGCGUUGUGGGCUGUGGGCUGUGCCUCCUGCAUGUCUGCGAUGUGAGGGACGAUGCUCGCCCGAGGCUUUCUUCUUUUGCUUCAGGAGUGCUCCGCACAGUAGCCAGUAGCUCCUCCUCCUCCUCCUCCUCCUCCUCCUCCUCCUCCUCGUGGAAGAAGCGAGGUCGUGCAGCAGCAGCAGCAUCAGCAUCAGCAUCAGCAUCACCCCACACCGUCCACGGAGCCUGACACGCAUGACAACUAAAGGAGCUCUUUGACGGCGGCCAAGUGUGGUCUUCAAGCCCCACCGAGGACCGAGGAGCUACCUCUCUUUUUUUCUUUUUUUUUUUUCUUAACCAACAAUCACCCACACGCUAAGAGCAAAGCACAGCUUAUGUGAGUCUUACCGUGUGUCAUACAUAUUUCUUUUGCUAGCGGCUUUGGUGAUUUGCAGCUUGGCGGCGGUUGUUUUCUUUGCUUCUGUCACGCGCGGACAAGACAAACUUGUGCAUGGCUCUGGUCAUGGAGCCCGUCAGCAAGUGGAGCUCCAGUCAAGUGGUGGACUGGAUGAAAGGACUGGACGACUGCCUGCAGCAGUACAUCAAGACGUUCGAGAGGGAGAAAGUCGGGGGGGACCAGCUGCUGCGUAUCACUCACCAGGAGCUGGAGGACUUGGGAGUGUCCAGGAUCGGCCAUCAGGAGCUCAUACUGGAGGCGGUGGACUUGCUGUGUGCGCUGAAUUAUGGACUGGAGACAGAGAAUCUCAAGAGUCUCUCUCAUAAGCUCAACGCAUCAGCCAAGAACCUGCAGAACUUCAUCGCGGGGAGGCGGCGCAGCGGCCAUUACGACGGCCGAGCCACUCGGAAGCUACCCAACGACUUCCUCACCUCCGUGGUGGACCUCAUCGCCGCUGCCAAAAGCCUUCUGGCGUGGCUGGACAGGUCACCGUUUGCUUCUGUGGCUGAUUACGGCGUCACCAGGAACAACGUGAUCCAGCUCUGUCUCGAGCUGACUACAAUUGUCCAGCAGGAUUGCUCCGUGUAUGAAACGGAGAACAAAAUCCUUCACGUGUGUAAAACUCUAUCCGACGCGUGCGACCACAUUAUCUCGCUCUCCUCGGAUCCCAUGGUGUCGCAGGCUGCGCAUCUGGAGGUGGUGCAGCUGCCCGACAUCAAAUCCACCGAGGGCUUGGGCAUGUAUAUCAAGUCAACAUAUGACGGUUUGCAUGUCAUCACCGGGACAACAGAGGGAUCUCCGGCGGACCGCUGUAAGAAAAUCCAUGCUGGAGAUGAAGUCAUUCAGGUCAAUCAUCAGACAGUGGUGGGCUGGCAACUGAAGAACUUGGUGAACCUCCUGCGCGGGGACCCGGCGGGCGUCAGCCUGACGUUGAAGAAACGCCCGCAGAGCACGCUCACCUCCACUCCUGCUCUGCUCAAGAACAUGCGCUGGAAACCUUUGGCUCUGCAACCGCUGUUCCCUCAGAGCCCCAGCAGCAGCGUCACCACACCGACCAGCACUUUAAGCACUCCAUCCAGGAGGGGCAGCUGCGCCCUGCAGGACCUCUACAUCCCGCCUCCUCCGGCCGAACCUUACGCUCCCAGAGAUGACAAAUUGAGCCUUCAGCGCGACGACUCUCCGUCCGACCCCGUCCAUCCCGGCAAGCGCUCCGACUCGCCAAAUUCUUACCUGGACCAGGAGUGUCGGCGGCAUUUCCCUCUGGUGGAGGAUGACUCCAUACUGUGCUGCUACGAGUACGACCACGACCAGGAAGUGUCAUCCGUUCGCAGGGGCAGCACGCCCACCUACAGCAGACUCAGGCCCAUCUCCAUGCCGCUGGAGUACAACUGGGCGGCGGAGGAUGACGAGAACCUGGCCAAGCUGAAGAGAGAAAAUUCACUGCUGCGUUUCACGAGCGAAGACAAAGGCGCCGGGGGAGAGUUCCCGCUGGGCCGCAGCCUCAGUCACAGUCGGAGAAAGAUGGAGCGGGGCGGCAGCCCCGCCCGCUACACGCUCAUCCCGGCCCUCCAGAUGGAAGUUUCCCUGUCCGCGUCCAGCUCCGACUCGGCCUCCCUCUACCACGUGUUCGAGCGAUCCUCGCUGCUGUCGAAGUCAAAGAAGAAGAGCAAAGCCGGAAGCCCCGUGGCCUCCAUCAGCAAGCGACGGAUCUCCUGCAGGGACUUGGGUCAGGGUGACUGCGAGGGCUGGCUGUGGAAGAAGAAGGACGCCAAAACCUAUUUUUCUCAAAAGUGGAAAAAGUACUGGUUCAUCCUGAAAGGCACGUGUCUGUACUGGUACAUGAACGAGGAGGAUGAGAAGGCAGAAGGCUUUGUCAAUCUUCCAGAGUUUAAGAUCGAUCGGGCAACCGAAUGCAGGAGAAAGUUUGCUUUCAGGGCUUGCCAUCCCAAGAUAAAGACCUUCUACUUCGCGGCGGAAAACGUGGAUGACAUGUCGAGGUGGCUGAGUCGUCUCAGCACGGCUGUGGCAGGCUACUGCGAGCGGGACCAAAUCCAGGACCGAGAUUACUGGAGUGAAAGUGACCACGAGGACACGGACGUGUCGUGCGUGAACAAACAGGACAGUCCGCCGCCGCCUUACGACACGUACCCCAGAACAGCAUCGGUGAGCCCCUUCUUGGAAGCCAAAGGCGGUCAUUUCCCCUCAUCCGACACCUUCCACUCACGUUCCUCGCCUCAGGAAGGCGGCGGCGGCGGCGGCGGCGGCGGCAACGACGACGGCGGCCGCGCCAUCUCCCCCGGCCACAAAGCGAGCAACCCGCGAAACUCCUGGCAGGACCAGAUGGAGAGCAACGCCAGGAUGCACUUCGUCCGGGCGUACCCCGCGGAAGAGGCGCCGCUGGAAUAUCGCAGGCAGUCCACGCUGCCCGCGCAGCGCGGCCUGCUGCGGGAACAGUACCGAGCCUUGCCCCUGCCCGUCAGGUCCGCCGUGGAUUCGGAGGCGGGAGGGAAACCGCGCAGCUUCACGCUACCUCGAGACAGCGGACUUCACGCCAUGCUGGCGGCCGACGAGAGAGCGCCUCGACGCUACCCGCCGGAGCGGCCCAGAGAGACAGGGCGUGGAAGAGACUCGAGGCUGCAGUCGGACUCGGUGGGGGAUUUGUACCGAGCCCUGGAGCACACCAGUCUGGCCGCCUCAGCUGACCACCGUUCAACCAGCGGCCUGGAGUACAAGCGCUCCUUUGUGCGCAGAGUUCACGACCCCGUGCUCAGCGACAAGCUGCACCGGCUGCGCAUCCUCCACAGUUCUCUCAACAACGUCCCUCUUCAAGGCGCAAACCGCUCGUUGGGCUUUUUAGGCUGAUGUGCGAAAGCGGUCCCCUCAGGCCCCGCCUCGUCGCUGGAGAUGCAAAGGCUUCAUUUUCCUUCCUCCUUUUUUCCCACUCCCUUUUCAAGCAAUUCUACUGCUCAGAGUGUUACCCCCUCACACGCUUUCUGUAGUUUUAACCAUGAGAACGUUUUUCGAAGGUUGAGCACUGGUUUGAAUUGUUUUGAAAAAAAAAAAAAAAGAAAAAAGCACUUUGUGUGGCUGUCAUGGACUUGAUGUGGAGGGCUUCUUUGACUCACAUGCAUGGCUGUUUCCUGUCACUUUUGCUGGAGUUAUGUGCAGCUGAUCAGAUCAGAUUGACUAUUUUGGAUGGACACUCCAUUUUGUUGUGUGUAUGAGCAUUAAUCUAUAUUGAGUGUGACGUUGCUACACAACAUCUUGAGGAUAUGUGCUGGAAUACAAAUCGUAAAUCAAGUGCUGUGCCUCAGUGAUUGUGAAUGUACAUUGUACUUUUCCAACAAUAACCAGAGAAGAUGUAAUAGCAAGCAAGGUUCCCUUCAAAUAGGGGUGAAACUAUCACACUCGGCAAUAAGGAAAUGAUAUUGUAAAAUAUACGGGAUGGUCACAAUAGUUGUCUAUUUUUGUAUGCAUGCACUCCUUUAAGAUGGGGCAACAAAAAAACAUUUGUUUUUUUCCCCCCCCAAGUGUGUUUAAUUUGGAGAAUACUGCUCGUCUCAACUGCCUCGACCUCAAGACUUAUUUUCAAAAGCUAAUUUCACUACGAAGGAGAUGAGGAGUAACCGUAUUUAUUAAGUGUUUAAUGUACAAGCAUGUUUUGUAAUACUGUACUAAAACAUAUGACCAUGCCAUUUAACUGCACGUGUGCCACAUUGCCGUAUCGUAGCUGCAAUACUUUUAUUUAAAAAUGGAAAUAAAGUAUGGCGUGGGCACACCAAAGAUGUUCUCGUCAUAAUUGUAUUUGAAGUCGCUAUUUGCAGACACGCCUGGCCACACACAGGAGCUCAGAAUAGGAUGCAUCAGUCGAUAACAAUAAAGCGCAGUGAGCACUGAAGGAACUUGAACUUGUUUAACUUGACUUGUUUAAGUCCAACAAAUUAAUAUAAUACUCUUUUUUUUUUUUUUUUUUUUUAAUCCUACCAACAGCCCCAAAAUGUUAAUGUGCCAUUCUGACCUUCUGACAUCCCCUAUCUCUCAUCUGGACACAAAUAUUCUCAAACGUGUUGUCCAAAAUAUGGUGGUCACAAUUUAUGAUAGUGGGAAGCAACCAUCGCAAAGUGUGACCUCGUUUUUCUUGAAAGAUUGGACAUUUUCAAAUGUACAUGAAAUGGUGCUUUUAGAUACGAGUCUAAUUCAUUCCUUGACUCAAAAUAUUUGUAUCUCAAAUCAUGUUUCCCCAUUGAUAUGAAGGUACAUCAAAUGCUACUAC